CCGUGCGCCAGUCUAGCGUGGGCGCACGUCGCGGCAACACGUGCACCUUCGCAUCGUCGAUUUUCCCGUCGUCGAUCGACACUGUUCCGUUCUCCGUCUGUCGGUUCGUUACGUCGAGAUCGAGAUUUAGCCGCGAGGAAUAUCAAUUUUCUAUCGUUUACGAUCUCUUCCUUGGUCCCUUUUUCUUUUUUUUCUUUUUUUUCUUAAACGAUCACGAAUCGAUCGUCCGAGUGGAUGGUGCUGUGAUUAAUCUACGUGUGUACGCGAGUUUGCUCCGACCAACCGAGGAUCGCUCAGGAGGAUUCCCGGAACUUUUCUUGGCGUUUAUCGAGCACAGAAGGCGAUUCGUUUCUCCUUGAAGAAUUAUUUCGAUGGCUGUCACGCCGUGCCUGGGACCGUGUUAUCGAACCGCACGCAAAAACGCAAUUCUCGUGACAACAGACUGGUCUUUUCUUCCAUUCGUUCUUUCGAUCCAAACCGAGUAUCGACUGACUGGCCCGACUAAGCCCGAGCAAUUAGAAGUAUCGGUUGGUCCGAGCGACGUUUCGAGCCGCUCGAUAGAAGGGAACGGAGGUAUAUCGACACUGUAUCGGUCAACGGGGCUCGUUCAACCAGUCAAGAAUAGUCACCCCCGAAUAGAAUUCAGGCGACGAGCAGGGGGGCACAGCAGCAAGAUCGAGUGUCGUUGAGAGAAACGAUGAGAGGAUUGAGACGAACCUGGACCGGAACGGCGCGAUAAUAAUAUGUGGAUGACUUGGCCGCGGACGAGACGCAAGUGGCGGGACUCGGACUCGUCGCGUGGCGGACACGAGACUCGUGGUAACCGCGACGGUUUUCGUUUUAUCUAUUCGGUGGUGUUAGCUGCUUGCAUGGCAGCACAGGAAGCGAGGAGCGCCAAGUGUCCACCGCCAGACACGAUACCUGGCUGCCCUUGUUACAAUUUCGAGGACGGGCUGUUCCUGGAAUGUGCCGGGGCCACCGAGGAAUCCCUCAGGACCGCUUUGUCCAGUGUAAUACACGCCGCUGGAGGAGAAGGAGCGAUAGUUCAAUCCCUAAGCGUUUACGAGCUGGAUAGAAGAGUGGAGGAACUUCGAUCUGUAGCUUUUCCAGCCGGAUCUCAGAUCAGGCAUUUGCAGAUAUCUCAUUCGGCAAUUCGCGAGAUAAGCGAAGAUGCGUUUAAACGAUUAAGCAAAAGCUUAGAAUCCUUGGCGCUGGUGUCUGGACGACUUCCACACGUGCCGCAGAAGGCGAUGGCAACCUUGAGUUCCCUGAAAGCUCUGGAUUUAGAGGCGAAUCUGGUGCACGAGCUUCCUAGUUACAGCUUCUACGGGCUUUCUCUGAUUAAAUUAAACCUGAAGGGCAACCAGAUAAUAAAAAUAUCGGAAUACGCGUUCGCAGGCUUGGAAGAUACUCUGACGGAUCUAAGUCUGGCUGAAAAUAAAAUCCGAGUAUUCCCUAUGACGAGUUUAAGGAGAUUGGAACACCUAACGUCGCUUAGACUAGCCUGGAACGAGGUAUCCGAGCUUCCAGAAGAUGGAUACUCGAGAUUAGACGCUCUAAACUUUCUCGAUCUAACCAGCAACAACUUCAAGAAGAUCCCUCUCAACUGUUUUCGCUGUUGUCCGUCCCUCAAGACUCUGUCUCUCUACUAUAACGCCGUCGAGUUCGUCGAUAAGGACGCGUUCAUAUCACUGAUCGAUCUCGAGUCCAUCGAUCUAAGCCACAACAAGAUUGUGUCACUGGAUGUAUCCACGUUCAGAGCAAACCAGAGGCUUAGGUCCAUCGAUCUUAGUAACAAUCACAUUCAUUACAUCCGCGGCGUGUUCUCCAAGUUACCAGAGCUGAAGGAGCUAUUCCUGGCGGAGAACAACAUCCUGGAAAUACCCGCUGAAACGUUCGCUGGAAGUACAAGUUUAUCGGUGGUGUAUCUUCAACAAAAUGCUAUUAGGAAAAUCGACGCGCGCGGUCUAGCGACGUUAAGCCACCUGACACAGCUACACUUGAGCGGCAACUACAUCGAGAAAGUGCCGCGAGACUUCCUCGAGCACUGCGACAAUCUCUCGACCCUGUCUCUGGAUGGAAACAACAUCCGCGAGUUGGAGGUGGGGACGUUCGCGAAAGCAAAGUCGUUGAGAGAGCUGCGACUGCAAGACAAUCAGAUUACCGAAGUAAAGAGAGGAGUUUUCGCGCCUUUACCAUCGCUCUUGGAACUGCAUUUACAGAAUAACGCGAUAACGGACAUGGAAACCGGCGCUUUGAGAUCCCUGCACAGCCUCCAACACGUGAAUCUUCAAGGUAAUCUUCUGGCGGUGUUAGGCGAUGUGUUCCAAGUGUCGAACGAUGUCGGACAAAAUGGAAACAGCGGCAGCUCGUUGGUCUCCAUACAGUUGGACAACAACGGCCUCGGUGUCCUGCACAAUGACUCCUUAAGAGGCCAAGCGUCGGUCAGAAUCAUGUGGCUCGGCCACAACAGAUUAACCCGCCUCCAAGCUCCUUUGUUCCGGGACCUGUUGCUGGUCGAGCGAUUAUAUCUAACAAAUAACUCCAUCUCACGAAUCGAGGACACCGCCUUUCAGCCAAUGCAGGCACUCAAGUUCCUCGAGCUAAGCAUGAACCGCUUAAGCCACGUGACAGUGAGAACUUUCUCGGAAUUACACGAGCUGGAAGAACUUUACCUGCAGGACAAUGGGCUGCGUCGCUUGGACCCUUAUGCAUUGACCGCUUUGAAGCGACUUCGCGUACUUGACCUGGCCAACAAUCAUCUGAACGUGUUGCACGACAAGAUCUUCCAAGAGGGCUUACCAAUCCGGACAUUGAAUCUAAAGAACUGUACCGUUAGCGUAAUCGAAAACGGAGCGUUCAGAGGGUUGAACAACCUGUACGAAUUGAACUUGGAACACAAUCAUCUCACUGCCUCUACGUUGGAUCGUCUUGACAUUCCGGGACUCAGAGUGUUGAGAAUAUCGUACAACAAUUUUAGUCAGAUCAAUGGAAACUCUUUAGACGGACUACCGUCUCUUCAGCAUCUGGCCAUGGAUUCUUCUCAACUCUACAGAAUGCCACCAGAGAUAUUCUCGAAGAAUAAGAAUCUUGGUAAACUUCUGUUAAGCAACAAUCUCCUCCGGAUGCUACCUAGUCUUCUUUUCCUUGGUUUGGACUCGUUGAAAGAAGUAAAACUGGACGGUAACAGAUUUCAAGAGAUACCGUACGACGUGUUCGCGAACGCUACUACGGUUGAGUUUCUGUCAUUGGCUAACAACGUGAUUGUAAACGUAGACAUGUCAAGAUUAAACGGGUUGACCAAUUUACGGGAAUUGGAUCUGCGUGGUAAUUACAUCAUGACUCUUUCUGGGUUCGCCGGCGUGAAUCUCUCUCGAUUGAUAUCGGUAGACCUGAGUCACAAUCAUCUAGCUGCUCUGCCGGCCAACUUCUUUGCCCGAUCCAACUUACUUCGCAAAGUCGAGUUGGCCGCUAACAAAUUUCAUCAGAUCCCGGCGGUCGCCCUGUCCGCGCAAAAUAUCCCAAACUUAACCUGGUUGAAUGUCACGGCCAAUCCAUUAGUCCGGAUACACGAGAUUAGUUCAAAAGCAAAGUAUCCUGCUCUUCAGGAGAUUCACAUUUCUGGAACGAAUCUGACGAUCGUUACGAGCCAGGACUUCGAAGCGUUCCCAGCGUUAAUGCACUUGUUCAUGGGCAACAACAUGAUUUCGCGAGUGUCGCCGAGCGCGUUCCGCAGUUUGCUCGAACUAUUAACCUUGGACUUAAGCAUGAACGAGCUCGAGCUACUGCCUCAGGAGAGAUUAAAAGGACUGGAACACCUCAGGAUACUUAAUCUCACGCACAAUCGCUUGAAAGAACUCGAGGAUUUCCCGCCUGAUCUAAAGGCCCUACAAGUGCUGGAUCUCUCGUAUAAUCAGAUCGGCGGUGUGGGUAAGAGCACGUUCCAACAUCUCGAGAAUCUCGCUGAACUUCAUCUCUACGGGAAUUGGAUAUCUUCCAUUUCUCCGGAUGCGUUCAAGCCCUUGAAGAAACUGAGAAUUCUCGAUCUGAGUAGGAAUUAUUUAGAGAAUUUGCCGUUGAAUGCCUUCCGACCACUGGAAACGCAAAUACGAAGCCUUCGUGCAGAAGAGAACCCACUGCACUGCGGUUGCGAGUCUCAAGAGCUCUGGGAGUGGCUGCGUGAUCAUCAGAAGCUGGUGGGCGGUGGCGUAACACGGAAUCGAGGGGGUGGAUUGCGAAUGAACGACAUGGACAGCGGAUUACUCAGGUGCCAACAGCCACCGGAAUUACAAGGAUUGGUGUUCCUCGAGCUGGACCCGCACGCCUUCUGUUCCGCGCCUCUCGUCUUGAAACUUGCGAUUCAAGAUAUCCAACCGUUCUCCGUUUUGGUAUCGUGGCAGAGUAGAAAUCACUCGGGUAUUCGCGGCUAUCAAGUGGCUUACCACACAAUGGAAAACAUCGAUGAGAUCCGAGCAAAGAUCCUGGAGCCAAAUUCGCGUUCGACGAAACUCUCAAAGCUCUCCCCAAACACUCGGUAUUUGAUCUGCGUAUUUGGCUUGGGCAACUGGAUGGGCCAACGUCUCGAAGAAGACACGAUGGACCAAUUUAACUUCUCGAACCACGAAACAUUCGAGUCGCCGUCGGAUAUGCAAAUGGCAGAUUCGUCUACGAGUCGUUGCACCGAAGUGAAGACCCUGGAAUCACCGGACGCGGUAAUCAGCAGCGAUGGCUCGUCGAUGGGCGACGUCGGUAGUGUCAGCAGUUUCCUGACAAGACGUUUGGGUUUGAUAGUCGGCUGUUGCAUGGGAUUCGUUGUGUUCUUGCUUCUCGUGUCCGUUCUCGGCUAUCUGAAGGUGAAGAAGCAAAGAGAGACCGUGAAGAGGGAACAACCGAUUCCUCCGGAGUACAUUUCCUACAGGCACUUUAGCAUUCAGAGCGGAGAAGCUGGACACGCAGCCAGACAGGCCAGCCAAGACGGCCAACACUCGAACUUCAUCAACAGUAUGGGCAACACUAACUUGAAUGUAUGAGACAAGUUAAAAAACUCCCGAGGCGUGGAGGUUUCGAACGUUUGAACAGAUCUGGAUGGUUUUUCCUCCUGGGUUCUAUCGUCAAACGCGUAACCUUCCCGACUCGUGGCAGUUUUCUCCUUCUCGAUCGAACUCAAACCUUUAAAUCGAAGUUAAAUAAUCAACCGAAACGAAAAGCUCUCAAGGAAGAUCGUCGACUUUGAAGCGACGAAAGGAAACUUCAGCGAAAAAGUUUGUGCCGCGUUUGUGCAAACACUAAAAGUGAACGACCUAGUUAACCGAGCAUUUUAUAUGUGAAUUUUCUACGAUUCUUAACUUUAUUCGAUAUAGCUUUACUCGGUGGACCGUGAACGUACAUAACAGGCUCUGUACGGCAAGUGUGUUCGGUGCAUCGUGGUAUGCGUAGGAUCGGAGAAUUUCAUUACGCAGCAGUCGCGUUCUCUGGACGAUUUACGAGUAUAAACAUGGUACGCAAGGACCCAUUCGGACUCGCGCGAAGCAUGGUGUAUUGUGUUUUCUAAAUGGCUCGGCAAACCGGUCGCGUGGGUAACGGCGUAACAGCGGACAAUGCGACGCGUCGUUUCGUAUAACUGCGUUCUUGAAUUUCCGCUAGCAACGCAGCAAGGGGCCAGUUACCCUGUCAGACAAUGAUGAAUCGCGUAGCGGAGGUACGACACUAUCGUGCGAGGAUCAUCGUUCGUGGAUCGUUCGUACGCUGGUAACGAGACACGUUUGUACAUAAGUGAACAGUUUCGAAUUGUUGUUGCGAGAUGAACAGCGACGUUCAAGAAGAAUUCAAACAAUUUAGGCGAACAAUUUCAACGAUUCUUCAUUUAGCAAAAUGUAGCUCAGUUAGGCUGAAAGCAUUGAUUCCGCUUGGCUCGAUGUAGAAGUUAAAAUCGACUCGCCAAAAAAGAAAAACGUCUUUUCGCGUUCGUGAAUGAAGCAAAACAUACAACGUCGGUAUUGAUUCUUCGAGUUCGCGACUUUUCGAGUAUAUCGUUGAUAUCGUUGUUGCAUCGUGGAAACGUGCACUCGUGGAAACGAAUAUUUGGUACUGUGGGACUAUCGCACCUCUUUGCUGUAUCAUAGGCUAAACGGCACGGAUGUUAUCAGAAUAUACAUUGGAAAUUAGGUUGCGUAAUAACCAGCGAAUCGUAGUUCAGGUGACAAAGAGAAACUGGGCUCUAGCGAGAAUGUAACUGCGAUAGGCCAUGUUGCUCGUUGCGUUGAAUAGAACCGGAUACGGUCGAUAAGUGUGUAUCGUGAAUGUUCGAAUGCAUCGUGAAAGAUCUCACAUGCUGUGUACUGUAACAUAUACAUAUGUCACUGUAAUAAAAAUGCAAAUUCUUUUUUAACCAA